AUGGCAGACGACCCUUGUGUUUUCCCUUUGAAGUGUGCUGUUCAGAAUUAUGUGUGGGGCAAAGUUGGUAAUAACAGUGAAGUCGCUCGACUUUCACAAUCAGGAAAUCCAGAUUUCAAGCUUCACCAGGAUGUACCAUAUGCUGAGCUUUGGAUGGGAACCCAUCCCAAUGGGCCUUCCAAAAUUCACCUUGAUGGUGUAGAGAAAGAUCUUGGUGAAUGGAUUAGUGAACAUCCGGAGCAGUUAGGAAAGGAAGUUAAUGAAUACUUCAAAGGAGAAUUACCAUUUUUGUUUAAGGUGCUUUCAGUAAGAACAUCUCUAUCAAUUCAAGCACAUCCAAAUAAGAUUCAUGCUGAAUUUUUGCACAAGGACAACCCAAACUUGUAUAAAGAUGACAACCACAAGCCAGAAUUGGCAAUUGCUCUGACUCCUUUCCAAGGAUUGUGUGGAUUCCGUAUCAUUCAAGACGUUGCCAAAUAUUUACAAGAUAUUCCAGAAUUCUACAAUGUUGUUGGCAAUGAAAAAGCUGUUAAACUCAUCACAGCUAGCAAAUCAGUUGACAUGCCCUUACAUAGAAUUGCAAUGAAAGAUGCUUUUGAAUCUAUGAUGAUGCGUGACAAAUCAAUUCUGAACAGUGAACUUCGAAAAUGGGUUGGCAAAAUCAUGGAAAUGGAGGAACAAGGCGAAGACCUUUCACCUUACAAUGGAGAAGUCCUGUUAAAACUGCACCGAGAGUUUCCUGGGGAUGUUGGCUGUUUUGCAGUGUAUUUCCUGAAUCAUAUCACUCUCCAGCCAGGCCAAGCUAUGUUCCUUGAUGCCAACUUACCUCAUGCUUAUUUAUCUGGAGAUUGCAUGGAGUGUAUGGCCUGUUCUGAUAAUGUUGUCCGUGCUGGCUUGACUGUCAAGUAUGUUGAUGUGAAGACAUUAUGCAAGAUGUUGGAUUACACUGGACGACCUCCACAAAAAGCUAUUUUCUCUUCCAUUCAAGAUACAGAAGAUCCUUAUGCCACUAUCUUUAAACCUCCUGUUACAGAUUUCGCUGUCAUACGUAUUGAGCUUCCAGAAGAUGUUGCACAAUAUCAACUAAGGCCACUUAGCAAUGCCAGCAUCUGUAUUGUGAUCAAUGGCAAAUGUGAAGGAACAACUCAGUCAUUGCCUCAUCCUCUCAAACUCAACCCAGGAUCUGUGUUUUUUAUAUCUGCCUGUGAAACUGUGACUCUCAAACUGGAGUUAGGCAGUAUGCUUAUUUUCAGGGCUUACCCUAACCUUUAA